AAGUGUUUGAAGUGCCCAGUUUUGGCUUACAGGAGGCAUCCAGUGCCCUCUGCUGGCCAGUCCUGGCACCGGCGCUGGGUUUUCGAGCCAAAAUGCAAGUAUCUCGAAAGGGCGGCCAGCACCAGGUAAAAUAUGUAUCAAAGGCUGUAAGAAAGGACUCGAGGACCCCGGUGCUCUGCUACAUCCCUUGUUUUGGAACAACAUUAUCUGCUACUGAACCUAUUGCAUUAGGAAAGGGAUUAACUUGCAGCUUUUGUGUGGAAGCCAGAAGCUGCUGGUGCUGGGGACGAUGUUCCAUAAGCCGCACCGCUGGCCUUUCUGCUGAAGCUCAUGGUGGGAUAUAUGAGUAUGCUUUCCCAGAUGUGGACAUCGCAUAUGGUGCGUUUACCAAUCGGAUUCAGUGGUUAGGGAGCAAGGAGACAGAAGACAUCCAGGAAGCCACAAUAAUUCUGCACAAUGUGAGCUUCAGUGAUGCUGGGACAUACCGCUGCUUCUUCAACAGAACCUUUAACUACCGGAAUGGAGAAUUCAUAUUCUUCACUCAAAUAAACAAAACCAUCAAACUGGAUGUGGUGGCCAAAGAAAACAAAAAACUCGCGUCCAUCAUUGGAGAAAUUAUGAUGUACUUUCUGAAUGUAGUCCUGACGUUGUGGCUGUUUGCAGAGAUGCUUUACUGUUAUAAAAAGAUUGCAGCAGCUGGGGAGGAAGCUAUUCAAGAAAAUGCCUCGGAUUACUUGGCCAUUACAUCAGAGAGUAAAGAGAACUGUACAGCAGUGCAGGUGGAGGAAUAGCGUCAGCCAGACAACAUCACCUUUUCUGAGGAUCUUUAAACGUGGAUGUUGGGAAUAAGAGAGAAAGGACUUGAAAAAGGAAAUGACCUGUGGUGUGAGUGAUCAGCUCCAGCUUCUGGGAGGAGCUAAAUUUCAUCAUCUUGACUCUUUUAUGCAACUCAAGUUUCACUUCCAAGAGAAUGUUUAAGACAUUAAAACAAGCAUGUUCAAAUGCACACAGCAUUGCACUUGACAAGGUCUUCCUAAUUUGCCAGCCUGACUAAGCUGUGGCCUUGGAACUGCACUACAGGGUAGCAAUCUAGCAGCUGCCUUGCAAUGCAAGUUUGAUUUUCUUUUUAAAACUAAUUGUUUAUGCCACAAAAAUGCUUGCAAAAAUUUGGACAAAAAAAAGCUGCAUUUGUUUUUUUUGGUGAAGUUGCCGGUUUAAUUCACUGCAGAGUUUUAGGGUCUGUGCAAUGUUCUUGUAUAAAAUGCAUUCCUUGCUUGUUGUGUUAAAGACUUUCACAUCA